AUGGCGACACAAAAAUUGAGUUUCUUCGAGAAAAUCGCCAACACUCUUGGCGUUUUGUACCGUCAUCAAGCUCAACAAUUCCCAAGACGUCUCACUAUCUUGAAGGUUGGUUUUUUUCAUGGAAAAUGCGGCUAGAAAUUUGAAAUUGAAGACUAAAUGACAUUUUCAGGUUUUUUAAGGAAAUGAGUUGAAAUAUUGGGUUUUAAUGUUAUUCAUAUGAUAGAAUAGUCAAAGACGAACAGAAUGAUAUAAAUUUUGAUGAUUUUACCUUAUCCAUAAGUGAUUUAGCGACUUAUCGACUAAAUAUCGACUAAACAUCUCUAAAUCACUUAUGGAUAAGGUUAACUCUUAAAAUUUAUAUCAUUCUGUUCGUCUUAGACCAUUCUAUCACAAGAAUAACAUUAGAACCCAAUAUUUCAACUCAUUUGCUUAAAAAACCUGAAAAUGAGCGAUUUGUGCUCUUCAGAAGCUCCAUUUUUGUCUCAAAAUACCCCCAAAAACGUUUUUCAGCACGGAAGUUGACUUUUUCGAGCGAAGCGAGUGUAGACCGCAAGCUUCCGCGUGAGCGGCACUAUCUUCCGCGCAGCGGCCACGCGGAUUACUACACAUCAUAGUAAUCCACGUGGCCGCCACGCGGAAGCUUGCGGUCCAGACUAUUGUUUUGUUCGAGCGAAGCGAGUGUAGACCGCAAGCUUCCGCGUCAGCUGCCACGUGGAUUACUAUAAUGUGUAGUAAUCCGCGUGGCCGCUGCGCGGAAGAUAGUGCCGCUAACGCGGAAGCUUGCGGUCUACACUCGCUUCGCUCGAAAAAGUCAACUUCCGUGCUGAAAAAUGUUUUGGGGGUAUUUUGAGACAAAAAUCCAGCUGCUGAAGAGCACAAAUCGCUCAUUUUCAGUUGGACAUCGACUAAAUGACAUUUUCAGGUUUUUUAAGCAAAUGAGUUGAAAUAUUGGAUUUUAAUCGUAUUCAUAGGAUAGAAUGGUCUAAGACGAACAGAAUGAUAUAAAUUUUGAUGAACUUACAUUAUCCAUUAGUGAUUUAGCGAUGUUUAGUCGAUAUUUAGUCGAUAAGCCGCUAAAUCACUUAUGAAUAAGGUAAUUUCAUCAAAAUUUAUAUCAUUUUGUUCGUCUUAGACCAUUCUAUCAUAUGAAUAACAUUAGAACCCAAUAUUUUAACUCAUUUGCUUAAAAACCUGAAAAUGUCAUUUAGUCGAUGUCCAGCUAUACUUUAUAGUCAAAAUCCUGCUUUUUCCAAGAUAUAGAAUGUUUAGAAAUGAAAAUUUGGCAGUAAUUCAGAUUUUUCAAAUUUCAGGCCGUUGGAAAGCACGAACUCGCUCCACCAAAAUCCGCAGACUGGCCAGCAAUCCGUGCCGAUUUUCUCAAGGUCCAAAACUUUAUUCAAGGAAAGCAAUACGUCAAUUUGACAGUUAAGGUGAGUUUUUCUGUUUUUUUUUUCUGGAAAAUCUUGAAAAAUCAAAAUCAAUGAUUCUCAGGAAGGUCUUGUCUACACGGCCGUCGCUCUCGAAAUCGUUUUCUGGUUCUUCGUCGGUGAAAUGAUCGGUCGUCGCUACAUUUUCGGCUAUUUGGUUCCAUCCGACUACGUUUCAAAGGACACCCGCGCUCAAGUCAAAGAGCAAAAACGUCUCGCUGCUCUCGAAGCCUAA